CAUAUUUUUACAAGUGAUGUUUAAAAUCAGAGUUCGUGCCUUAAUUGGAGUUAUGAUUUUUCUAGGGUACUUUUUAAUUUACAUUGUUCGUUAUAAUUUAAGUGUGCAUAUAAUCGAUAUGGCUCAGAUAACAAAAAGGGAAGACAAUGGCAUAUACAAUAACACUAACAUUCAAAGAAAUUCUGGUACUGUGUCUGGGAAUGCCCUACAUUUAAUUAAUUGGAAUGAUAUGAAAGUGGCGAAGUUAUUUUCAGCUUAUCACAUAGGAUAUUGCAUUUGUUUCCCUAUCUUUCACAAUAUUGGAGACAGGCUUGGCCCUACAUGGGUAGUGGGGAUCGCUGGGAUGACAUCGGGUGUACUAAGCUGUCUCACGCCGGCGUCAGCGUACUAUAGCUUCUGGGCUUUAUUUUUUGUACGCAUCAUAAAAGGAUUUUGCGCAGGAGCCAUGCAACCCAGCAUGGUACAGGUAUUGAGACAUUGGGUCCCGCCUAUAGAAAGAAAUCAUUUUAUGUGGGCUUAUUGUGGAAUUACAACAGGAACAUUUUCCACUUUCCUUAUUUGUGCUGCAGUGCACUACUAUUCUCAAUGGCCAGUGGGUUUUUAUAUAUCUGGUGUAUUGCAAGUAACAUGGUCAGCUUUAUGGCUCUUUGUGGUUACGGAUCGACCAGAUAAACAUCCGUAUAUAUCAAAUGAAGAAUUUACUUAUUUAACUAAUACAAUCGGUACAAUAUUCACAAUUAAGUUGAUGAAUUCUCAGGCACCAUGGAAAUCAAUAUUAAAAUCUGUUCCAUUUUGGGCCCUGUGUAUAUUGAAUUUUGGGUACGCUUGGAUGAUUAUCUCUUUAUGUAUUUAUGGGCCAUUUUAUUACUCGAAGAUAGUCAAGUACAGUAUUUAUAGCGCUUCAGCAUUAACAGCUUUGCCGUUUUUCUGCCGGUUGGUAUUGGGCACAAUUGUAAUACAAACAUUUCAUUGGUAUAAGCACAAUUUGAAGCUUAAAAGAAUUAAGCACAUAAGGAAGUAUUUUAUUAUUGUAUCUCACGUGAUCCCGGGACUUCUUGUAUUUGUCACCUGGUUGUUCCCUGUAGUACCUGGGCCUAUUUUAUUGACGAUAUCUGUCACUUUAACCGCCGCCGGAAUGGACCUGACUCUGGACCUCUGUUAUGAGUUAACACCGACAUAUGUCAAUUCAGUGAACACUGUGAUAAAAAUAGUCGGAAAUAUCUCUGGAAUUAUUCUAUCGUUUUGUGUUGGUCAAGUCACGCAAAAAUAUAAAAAUACUCCUGUUACAUGGAAACAAAUCUGGUGUUUUCACGCUCUGGUCUUAUUCAUAAGUGGAUUUGUUUUCCUUAUAUGGGGGGAAACCCAUAUUCAAUCGUGGAAUUUUAAAAAAAAUAGACCAAGACGUAUAUAUACAAGAACUGCACCAAAACCAUCAGUUAUGUCUAAUAUUAUGGAAGUAGAGGAAGAAGAUUCGAUGUAAGUUAUUCUUAUUCAUAUAAGUUUCUGCUUGCACAUAUAUUUUCUAUGAUUCACUUGGACAAUGUAGGUAGUAUAAUUUUACUUAUUCUGCAAUGAAGUAUCAAUUGAUGUGUUUUGUAAUAAAUGAUAAGAUUUUCAUUGCAAUUUCGAACAUAGGAGACUUAAUACCGUUCUUAGCAUUGGAUGAUGAAAAAUUGAAAUAAUGAUAGCAACAAUUUUAAAUG